AGUAAAGCCCAUACUUUAAUUUUCUGUGAAUAUCAAAAACAAAUCUCAGAUUUAUUUUUAUUUUAUUUCAUUUCCUCAAUUUCCCAUUAUUUUUGUCAGAUCACAAACUUUCUCUAGGGUUUUCAGUAUCACUCGAUCGUAACUUACUCGGUAUCGUAUUAGCGAGUUCAGUCUUAAUUUUGUGGAAUUUGGAGCUAAUUUUGAUACUGAGCUGGCAUUUUAGGUUAAAUUGGUAUAUUAAUUAGUAAUUACUAUAGGUUAUGUUAGUUAAUCUAUGUUUUACUUGUGAAACUAGCUUAAAUUGGAGUAUAAUGAUUUUGGCGGUCGGUUUUUUUGAUUACUUUAGGACUUAUAGAAUGAGGAAGAAAUUGUAAAUGUUCUGGAAGAAUGGAUGAUGAUAGGGAGAUUCAAAUGUUGCUUCCAGGUUGGAAUUAUCCGACGGAGUCUAAGAUUUUUAUUUUUUCGUGUCUUGUUGCUGCUUUAGUUGGGAUUUUGACUAUUGCUUACACGGCUUUUCAAUGGCGAAGGAAUAUCAAUUUAAGUUGGAUGAAAGCCAUAGCUAGGUCGAAGAAAAAUCCCAAGACUAGGCAUCAUAAGGUUCCUGUGGCUCCACAUGAUUGGAUUCUUGAAUCUGCUUCUCGUGGAAAGAAUUUGAGCUGUUGUGUGUGUUUUAAGUCUGUGUCUCCUUCACAGACUUAUGGACCUAUGGUUGCAUCAGAUAGUUUCAUUCACCAUUGUAGUAUUUGUAGUGCUGCGGCUCACUUGAGCUGCUCUUCAAGUGCGCAUAAGGAUUGUAAGUGUGCGUCUAUGGUUGGAUUGGAUCAUGUGAUGCACCAAUGGGCUGUUCGUUGGACCGAGAUUACAGAUCAACCUGACGAAACUUCAUUUUGUAGUUACUGUGAAGAGCCAUGUAGCGGCUCUUUUCUUAGUGGUUCUCCUAUAUGGUGUUGCUUGUGGUGUCAACGGCUUGUACAUGUCGAUUGUCAUAGUAGCAUGUCGAAUGAAAUUGGUGAUACUUGCGAUUUAGGCCCAUUUAGAAGGCUGAUUCUAUCACCACUUCACAUCAAGGAACUGAACUCAGCAGGUGGGUUUUUGAGCUCUAUCACUCAUGGAGCAAAUGAGAUUGCUUCUACAGUGCGUGCCAGUAUUAGGAGUCAGAGCAAGAAGCACAAGCAUGUUAAUGAAUCAUCUGUGGACACCGGCAAUAGUGGUAGCACUUGUGAUACUUCCAUGGAAAGCACAGGUGAUGCACAUCCUACAAUAAAUGGUUCUCAUGGCGUGGAGGACAUCUGUAAUGGUAGCAUGAAAGUGGUUAGUCCACAAAAUGGUGGUAAUAUGGAUAGAACUGAGUCAAAGCGCAGUUUUAAAAGAAGUGGAUCAGCAAAUCAGAAGGAUGAGUCUCAGACAUUAGGAAUGAGACAAAGAUAUGAAAUAAUUGAUUUGCCUCAUGAUGCAAGGCCAUUGUUAGUCUUCAUCAACAAGAAGAGUGGGGCUCAGCGUGGGGAUUCCCUCAGGCAGAGGCUGAAUUUUCUUUUGAAUCCUGUUCAGGUAUUUGAAUUGAGCUCAACACAGGGACCGGAUGCGGGUCUUUACUUUUUCAGAAAGGUUCCCCACUUCAGAAUUCUUGUAUGUGGGGGCGAUGGCACUGUUGGCUGGGUCUUGAAUGCCAUAGACAAGCAAAACUUUGUUUCUCCUCCACCCGUGGCUAUUCUUCCUGCUGGAACUGGCAAUGAUCUUGCUAGGGUUCUCUCGUGGGGAGGUGGUUUGGGAUCAGUUGAGAGACAAGGAGGGCUUUGCACAUUGUUACAGCACAUAGAGCAGGCUGCAGUAACCAUUCUUGAUAGGUGGAAGGUAGCUAUUGUCAAUCAUCAUGGAAAGCAACUUGCCUCACCCAAUUUUAUGAACAACUAUCUCGGAGUUGGAUGUGAUGCAAAGGUUGCACUGGAAAUCCACAAUUUACGGGAAGAAAAUCCAGAGAAGUUUUACAACCAGUUUAUGAACAAAGUUCUUUAUGCAAGAGAAGGUGCUAGGACUAUAAUGGAUAGGACAUUUGCAGACUUUCCAUGGCAAGUCAGAGUGGAAGUGGAUGGUAUUGAAAUAGAAGUUCCUGAGGACGCGGAGGGUGUACUUGUUGCAAAUAUUGGAAGCUACAUGGGUGGUGUAGAUCUAUGGCAAAACGAGGAUGAAUCCUUAGAUAACUUUGAUCCACAAUCUAUGCAUGAUAAGCUACUAGAGGUUGUGAGCAUUUCGGGAACAUGGCACCUUGGGAAGCUUCAGGUUGGUCUUUCUCGUGCUCGAAGACUUGCUCAAGGACAGUCAAUAAAGAUACAGCUUCUGGCUCCACUGCCCGUACAGAUUGAUGGGGAGCCUUGGUCUCAGCAGCCUUGUACAUUGGUUGUAUCCCAUCACGGACAGGCUUUUAUGUUAAAGAGGGCAGCUGAGGAACCUCUUGGUCAUGCUGCUGCCAUAAUCACUGAUGUGCUAGAAAAUGCCGAAAGUAACCAUGUAAUUAAUGCUUCACAGAAACGAGCGCUUAUUCAAGAAAUGGCAAUCAGACUAAAUUAGGUCGUCUCUGGCUGCCCAGCAAAACAGUUGCAUGUCUUCGGUCAUCAACUGCAUCUCUGCAUACAAAAUGUCCCAUGUUUUGGUGUUUAAAAUGGUGCUUUUAGCUGCAGUAUUUUUGUAAAUGAACUCAGGUUUUUAAUAGUUUUCCCCGUGUUGAAAUAUUAAUUAAAGGGGAAUUUUGGUUUCAAUUUCUGAAGCAAUAUAGAUAUAUGAAAGCAAAAGAAAAGUUUGAAUCA